ACAACUGAAGCAACAACAACUACAACUGAAGCAACAACAACCACAACUGGGGCACCCACAACAACAACAACUGAAGCAACCACAACCACAACAGAGGCCCCCACAACAACCACAACUGAAGCAACCACAACUACAACUGAAGCAACCACAACAACAACAGAGGCCCCCACAACAACCACAACUGAAGCAACCACAACCACAACUGAGACACCCACAACAACAACAACUGAAGCAACAACAACUACAACUGAAGCAACAACAACCACAACUGGGGCACCCACAACAACAACAACUGAAGCAACCACAACCACAACAGAGGCCCCCACAACAACCACAACUGAAGCAACCACAACUACAACUGAAGCAACCACAACAACAACAGAGGCCCCCACAACAACCACAACUGAAGCAACAACAACUACAACUGAAGCAACAACAACCACAACUGGGGCACCCACAACAACGACAACUGAAGCAACCAUAACCACAACAGAAGCCCCCACAACAACCACAACUGAAGCAACCACAACAACAACUGAGGCCACUACAACCACAACUGAGGCCCCUACAACAACCACAACUGAAGCAACCACAACAACCACAACUGAAGCAACAACAACCACAACUGAAGCAACAACAACCACAACUGAAGCAACAACAACAACAACUGCAGCAACCACCUCCACACCUGAGGCAACUACAACCACAACUGAAGCACCCACAACAACCACAACUGAAGCAACAACAACCACAACGGAGGCCACUACAACCACAACUGAGGCCCCUACAACAACCACAACUGAAGCAACCACAUCAACCACAACUGAAGCAACAACAACCACAACUGAAGCAACAACAACCACAACUGAAGCAACCACAACCACAACUGAGGCAACUACAACCACAACUGAAGCACCCACAACAACCACAACUGAAGCAACAACAACCACAACUGAGGCCCCUACAACAACCACAACUGAAGCAACAACAACCACAACUGAGGCAACUACAACCACAACUGAGGCACCCAAUUCAACCACAACUGAAGCAACAACAACCACAACUGAAGCAACAACAACAACAGCUGGGGCACCCACAACAACGACAACUGAAGCAACCACAACCACAACAGAGGCCCCCACAACAACCACAACAGAAGCAACCACAACAACUGAAGCAACAACAACCACAACUGAAGCAACAACAACCACAACUGAAACAACAACAACAACAACUGGGGCACCCACAACAACGACAACUGAAGCAACCACAACCACAACAGAGGCCCCCACAACAACCACAACAGAAGCAACCACAACAACAACUGAAGCAACAACAACCACAACUGAGACCCCUACAACAACCACAACUGAAGCAACAACAACAACAACAACUGAGGCACCCACAACAACCACAACUGAAGCUACAACAACAACCACAACUGAGGCACCCACAACAACCACAACUGAAGCAACCACAACCACAACUGAAGCAACAACAACCACAACUGAGGCACCCACAACAACUACAACUGAAGCAACAACAACCACAACUGAAGCAACAACAACAACAACUGCAGCAACCACCUCCACACCUGAGGCAACUACAACCACAACUGAAGCACCCACAACAACCACAACUGAAGCAACAACAACCACAACUGAGGCCCCUACAACAACCACAACUGAAGCAACAACAACCACAACUGAGGCAACUACAACCACAACUGAGGCACCCACUUCAACCACAACUGAAGCAACAACAACAACAACUGGGGCACCCACAACAAAGACAACUGAAGCAACCACAACCACAACAGAGGCCCCCACAACAACCACAACAGAAGCAACCACAACAACAACUGAAGCAACAACAACCACAACUGAGUCACCCACAACAACCACAACUGAAGCUACAACAACAACCACAACUGAGGCACCCACAACAACCACAACUGAAGCUACAACAACAACCACAACUGAGGCACCCACAACAACCACAACUGAAGCAACCACAACCACAACUGAAGCAACAACAACCACAACGGAGGCCACUACAACAACCACAACUGAAGCAACAACAACCACAACUGAAGCAACAACAACCACAACUGGGGAACCCACAACAACGACAACUGAAGCAACCACAACCACAACAGAGGCCCCCACAACAACCACAACUGAAGCAACCACAACUACAACUGAAGCAACCACAACAACCACAACUGAAGCAACAACAACUACAACUGAAGCAACAACAACCACAACUGGGGCACCCACAACAACAACAACUGAAGCAACCACAACCACAACAGAGGCCCCCACAACAACCACAACUGAAGCAACCACAACUACAACUGAAGCAACCACAACAACAACAGAGGCCCCCACAACAACCACAACUGAAGCAACAACAACUACAACUGAAGCAACAACAACCACAACUGGGGCACCCACAACAACAACAACUGAAGCACCCACAACCACAACAGAGGCCCCCACAACAACCACAACUGACGCACCCACAAUAACCACAACUGAAGCAACAACAACAACUACUGAAGCAACAACAACUACAACUGAGGCCUCUACAACAACCACAACUGAAGCCCCCACAACAACGACAACUGAAGCAACAACAACCACUACUGAGGCCCCUACAACAACCACAACUGAAGCCCCCACAACAACCACAACUGAAGCAACCACAACCACAACUGAAGCAACAACAACCACAACUGAAGCAACCACAACCACAACUGAGGCCCCCACAACAACCACAACAGAAUCAACCACAACCACAACUGAAGCAACAACAACCACAACUGAAGCAACAACAACCACAACUGAAGCAACAACAACUACAACUGAGGCCUCUACAACAACCAUAACUGAAGCACCCACAACAACGACAACUGAAGCAACAACAACCACUACUGAGGCCCCUACAACAACCACAACUGAAGCCCCCACAACAACCACAACUGAAGCAACCACAACCACAACUGAGGCAACUACAACCACAACUGAGGCACCCACAACAACAACAACUGAAGCAUCCACAACAACCACAACUGAAGCAACAACAACCACAACAGAGGCCACCACAACAACAACAACUGAGGCACCCACAGUUGAAGCAACAACAACCACAACUGAAGCAACAACAACCACAACUGAAGCAACCACAACCACAACUGAAGCAACAACAACCACAACUGAAGCAAUCACAACCACAACUGAGGCCCCCACAACAACCACAACAGAAUCAACUACAACCACAACUGAAGCAACAACCACAACUGAAGCAACCACAACCACAACUGAGGCCCCCACAACAACCACAACUGAAGCAACCACAACCACAACUGAGGCCCCCACAACAACCACAACUCAAGCCCCCACAACGACCACAACUGAAGCAACAACAACCACAACUGAGGCAACCACAACCACAACUGAAGCUCCCACAACAACCACAACUGAAGCAACAACAACCACAACUGAGGCCCCGACAACAACCACAACUGAGGCCCCCACAACCACAACUGAGGCCCCUACAACAACCACAACUGAAGCCCCCACAACAACCACAACUGAAGCAACCACAACCACAACUGAGGCAACUACAACCACAACUGAGGCACCCACAACAACCACAACUGAGGCACCCACAACAACCACAACUGAAGCAACAACAACCACAACAGAGGCCACCACAACCACAACUGAGGCACCGACAAUUGAAGCAACAACAACCACAACUGAAGCAACCACAACCACAACUGAAGCAACAACAACCACAACUGAAGCAACCACAACCACAACUGAGGCCCCCACAACAACCACAACAGAAGCAACCACAACCACAACUGAAGCAACAACAACCACAACUGAAGCAACAACAACCACAACUGAGGCCCCUACAACAACCACAACUGAAGCCCCCACAACAACCACAACUGAAGCAACAACAACCACAACUGAGGCCCCUACAACAACCACAACUGAAGCCCCCACAACAACCACAACUGAAGCAACCACAACCACAACUGAGACACCCACAACAACAACAACUGAAGCAACAACAACUACAACUGAAGCAACAACAACCACAAAUGGGGCACCCACAACAACGGCAAUUGAAGCAACAACAACCACAACUGAAGCAACAACAACCACAACCGAGGCACCCACAACAACAACAACUGAAGCAACAACAACAACAACUGAGGCACCCACAAAAACCACAACUGAGGCCCCUACAACAACCACAACUGAAGCAACCACAACAACUACAACUGAGACACCCACAACAACCACAACUGAAGCAACAACAACAACAACUGAGGCACCCACAAAAACCACAACUGAAGCAACAUUAACAACAACUGAGGUCCCUACAACAACCACAACUAAAGCAACAACAACCACAACUGAAGCAACAACAACAACAACUGAGGCCCCUACAACAACCACAACUGAAGCAACAACAACCACAACUGAAGCAACAACAACCACAACUGAGGCACCCACAACCACAACUGAGCCACCCACAACCACAACUGAGGUGCCCACAACCAAAACUGAGGCACCCACAACCACAACUGAGGCACCCACAACUACAACUGAUGCACCCACAACCACAACUGAAGCAACAUCAACAACAACUGAGGCCCUUACAACAACCACAACUGAAGCAACAACAACCACAACUGAGGCACCCACAACAACAAUAACUGAGGCCCCUACAACAACCACAACUGAGGCCCCUACAACAACCACAACUGAAGCAACAACAACAACAACUGAGGCACCCACAACAACCACAACUGAAGCAAAAUCAACAACAACUGAGGUCCCUACAACAACCACAACCCAGUCCAGUGUCUACACCUUUUACACCUGCAAAUGCAACUUUAACAACUGUAGCAUCUACAACAUCUACAACUCUACCAACUGCAUCUACAACAACAACAACUGCAGCAUCUACAACAGCUGGAACUGCAAUAAUACCAGUGGUUUUCAGAUCUCGCUCUGA